GAGGCAGGACAGCGCUGUGAGGACACAUCGGACCAGUAACAACUGUCAGAGGACCAACCAGCUUAAAGGAGAGAAGACUUGCGUUUUAAUUAAACCAAAUCAACCAUUCAUUACAAUCUGCAGAGAUGGAGACCAUGAAGAGUGCCAGGAAAAAUGAUACAGGAGAAGUUGGCAGUGAUUUAUCAGAGCAGAUUAAAGCAGCCACUAAGGACAAUCAUGUCAGAGCUGAAAACACACAGCUGAUGCUGAGUUACCAGAAGGGACAGAUCACCCUGCCACAGUACAAGGUCCUGUUGUGUUCCCUCUAUGAGAUCUACAAGGCGCUAGAGGAGGAGCUGGACAGAAAUUCUUCCCAUCCAGCUGUUGCACCCAUAUACUUCCCUCAGGAACUUGCCCGUCUGGAAACGCUCGAAACAGAUCUGGAGCAUUUUUUUGGCUCAGACUGGAGGAAGAGGGUGAUUGUUCCCGCAGCCACACACAGAUAUGAACAAAGGCUACGGAAGAUUGGCAAAGAGAGGCCAGAGCUGCUGGUGGCCCACGCCUACACUCGCUAUCUUGGUGAUCUAUCGGGAGGUCAAGUGCUGGGGAAGAUUACCCAGAAAUCUCUCGGGCUGAGCAACAAAAAGGGGCUUUCGUUUUUCUCUUUCCCCGGAGUGAGCAGCCCCAACCGCUUCAAGCAGCUGUACAGGAGCCGGAUGAACAGCAUUGAGCUGACGGAGGAGGAGAGGGCGGGGGUGCUGGAGGAGGCUGUCGCCGCCUUCGAGUUCAACAUCCAGGUUUUUGAUGACUUGCAAAAAAUGCUGAGUGUCACAACAGAAGCAGAGGACCAAUCAGAGCACAACGCUGUCAAAACUUCCAUGUUCCCAUCUUCACCCAUCGUACAGUUCACCGUGGGAUUAUGCAUCGCACUGACCACCAUUGGAAUGGGAAUCUAUGCCUUGUAGACGUUAACCAGCACAUGUAACAGAUAUGCACAUCCAGCACUUUACUAAUCACUUAAUGCAACAAAUGAAAUCAAGACUGAAACUUGUCUCAUCUGCAAAAUAUCCAAUCACAGCUGAAAGUGAUUCUCAACUUGUCAUUUGUACCAACUUUAUUAAACAAUCCUACACUGUAAAAA